UCAGAGAGAUCAGAGUUGGUGUCACCGUCAUUGCUUGUGCUAUCGUCCACUGUGGGUACUAGCAGAGAAAGCACCACCUCCCUGCUAGCACUAAUAGAGUCCGUUGUGAUAUCAGAAGAAAGCACAUUGAGAGCAUCUUUACAAAGCUCGUUGCCAGUAUCACCAUCGUCAGUUGCGUCCUUGUCGACUUUUGUUGUUAGCAGAGAGAGGAAGAGAUCAUCAUCAGCAGUUUUAGUCUUCAGUAUGGCAGCAAAGCAAAGCACAGUUGGACAGUCUUUUGUAAGUUCAUUGCUGCUGUCACCAUCAUCAGUUGCAGUAUUGUCGACUGAUGGUAUUAGUAGGGAAAGCAGCAGAUCGUUAUCACCAGUAGUAGUGUCCAGAUUGGCAUCCGACGAGAGUACAGUGAAGGCGCUUUCAGAGAGGUCAUUGCUGGAAGGGCCAUCUUCGGUAGUAAAAUCCUCGGCUUUUGAUGUGAGCAGUGGAAUCAGUGUAUCCCCAUCCUCCAUAGUGGUAUCCAGUAAGACCUCGGAGCAAAGGACAGUUCAGGUGUCAUCAGAAAGGUUAGUGUUGGGAUCACUUUCAUCUGUAGCAUUUUCGCCUACUUUGAGUGUGAGCAGAGAAAGCUAUAGAUCGUCAUCUUCAAUAGUAGCUUCCAGUCUCUCUAGUCUGCCAUCACAGCACAGCACAGUGAAAGUGUCUUCAGAGAGAUCAGAGUUCGUGUCACCUUCAUUGCUUGUGCCAUCGUCGACUGUGGGUAGUAGCAGAGAAAGCAGCAGCUCCCUGUUAGCAACAAUAGAGUCCAGUGUGACAUCAGAACAAAGCACACUGAGAGCAUCUUUAGAAAGCUCGUUGCCAGUAUCACCAUCGUCAGUUUCGUCCUUGUCGACUUUUGGUGUUAGCAGAGAGAGGAAAAGAUCGUCAUCAGCAGUUUUAGUCUCUGGUGUGGCAUCAAAGCAAAGCACAGUUGGACAGUCUUUUGGAAGUUCAUUGCUGCUGUCACCAUCAUCGGUUGCAGUAUUGUCAAGUAAUGGUAUUAGCAGGGAAAGUAGCAGAUUGGUAUCACCAGUAAUAGUGUCCAGUUUGGCAUCGGAUGAGAGUACAGUGAAGGCGUCUUCAGAGAGGUCAUUGCUGGAAGCGCCAUCGUCGCUAGUGAAAUCGUCGACCUUUGAUGUGAGCAGUACAAUCAGUGUAUCCCCAUCUUCCAUAGUGGCAUCCACUAAGACUUUGAGGCAAAGGACAGUGGAGGUGUCCUCAGAAAGGUCAGGGUUGGGAUCACCUUCAUCGGUAGCAUUUUCGCCUACUUUGAGUGUGAGGAGAGAAAGCCUGAGAUCGUCAUCUUUAAUAGUAGCUUCCAGUCUGUACAGUCUACCAUCAGAGCACAGUAUAGUGAAACUGUCUUUAGAGAGAUCAGGGUUUGUGUCACCUUCAUUGCUUGUGCCAUCGUCCACUGUGGGUAGUAGCAGAGAAAGCAGCAGCUCCCUGUUAGCAAUAAUAGAGUCCAGUGUGACAUCAGAACAAAGCACACUGAGAGCAUCUUUAGAAAGCUCGUUGCCAGUAUCAGCAUCGUCAGUUGCGUCCUUGUCGACUUUCGUUGUUAGCAGAGAGAGCAAGAGAUCGUCAUCAGCAUUUUUGGUCUCCAGUGUGGCAUCAAAGCAAAGCACAGUUGGACAGCCUUUUGCAAGUUCAAUGCUGCUGUCACCAUCAUCGGUUGGAGUAUUGUCGACUGCUUAUAUUAGCAGGGAAAGUAGCAGAUCGUUAUCACCAGUAAUAGUGUCCAGUUUGGCGUCGGAUGAGAGUACAGUGAAGGCGUCUUCAAAGAGGUCAUUGCUGGAAGCGCCAUCCUCGGUAGUGAAAUCGUCGACUUUUUAUGUGAGCAGUACAGUCAUUGUAUCCCCAUCUUCCAUAGUGGUAUCCAGUAAGACUUCGGAGCAAAGGACAGUUCAGGUGUCAUCAGAAAGGUUAGUGUUGGGAUCACCCUCAUCGGUAGCAUUUUCCCGUACUUUGAGUGUGAGCAGAGAAAGGGAGAAGUCGUCAUCUUCAAUAGUAGCUUCCAGUCUGUCCAGUCUGCUAUCAGAGCACAGCACAGUCAAACUGUCUUCAGAGAGAUCAGAGUUCGUGUCACCCUUAUUGUUUGUGCCAUUGUCCACUGUGGGUAGUAGCAGAGAAAGUAGCAGCUCCCAGUUAGCAAAAAUAGAGUCUACUGUGACAUCAGAGGAAAGCACAUUGAGAGCAUCUUUAGAAAGCUCGUUGCCAGUAUUACCAUCAUUAGUUGCGUCGUUGUCGACUUUUGUAGUUAGCAAAGAGAGCAAGAGAUCGUCAUCAGCAGUUUUAGUAUCCAGUGUGGCAUCAAAGCAAAGGACAGUUGGAGAGUCUUUUGCAAGUUCAUUGCUGCUGUCACCAUCAUCGGUUGCAGUAUUGUCAAGUGAUGGUAUUAGGAGGGAAAGCAGCAUAUUGUUAUCAGCAGUAAUAGUGUCCAGUUUGGCAUCGGAUGAGAGUACAGAGAAGGCGUCUUCGGAGAGGUCAUUGCUGGAAGCGCCAUCCUUGGUAGUAAAAUCGUCGACUUUUUAUGUGAGCAGUGCAAUCAGUGUAUCCCUAUCCUCCAUAGUAGUAUCCAGUAAGACUUCGGAGGAAACGACAGCUGAGGUUUUAUCAGAAAGGUCAAUGUUAGGAUCACAUUCAUCGGUACAAUUUUCGCGUACUUUGAGUGUGAGCGGAGAAAGCCAGAAAUCGUCAUUUUCGAUAGCAGCUUCCAGUUUUUCCAGCCUGUCCAGUCUGCCAGCAGAGCAAAGCACAGUCAAGCUGUCCUCAGAGAGAUCAGAGUUGGUGUCACCUUCACUGCUUGUGCCAUCCUCCACUGUAGGUAGUAGCAAAGAAAGCAGGAGCUCCCUGUUAGCAACAAUAAAGUCCAGUGUGAUAUCAGAAGAAAGUACACUGAGAGCAUCUUUAGAAAGCUCGUUGCGAGAAUCACCAUCGUCAGUUGCGUCCUUGUCGACUUUUGUUGUUAGCAGAGAGAGCAAGAGAUCGUCAUCAGCAGGUUUAGUCUCUAGUGUGGCAUCAAAGCAAAGCACAGUUGGACAGUCUUUUGCUAGUUCAUUGCGGCUAUCACCAUCAUCGGUUUCAAUAUUGUCGACUGAUGGUAUUAGCAGAGAAGGCAGCAGAUCGUUAUCACCUGUAAUAGUGUCCGGUCUGGCAUCGGAUGAGAGUACAGUGAAGAGGUCUUCAGAGAGGUCGUUGCUGGAAGGGCCAUCCUCGGUAAUGAAAUCGUCGAGUUUUGAUGUGAGCAGUUCAAUCAGUGUAUCCCCAUCCUUCAUAGUGGUAUCCAGUGAGACUUCGGAGCAAAGGACAGUUGAGGUGUCAUCAGGAAGGUCAGUGUUGGGAUCACCUUCAUCGCUAGCAUUUUUGCCUACUUUGAGUGUGAGCAGAGAAAGCCAGAGAUGGUCAUCUUCAAUAGUGGCUUCGAGGCUGUCCAGUCUGCCAUCAGAGCACAGCACAGUCAAACUGUCUUCAGAGAGAUCAGAGUUGGUGUCACCUUCAUUGCUUGUGCGAUUGUCCACUGUGGGUAGUAGCAGAGAAAGCAGCAUCUCACUGUUUCCAACGAUAGAUUCCGUUGUAAGAUCAGAAGAAAGCACACUGAGAGCAUUUUUAGAAAGCUCGUUGCCAGUAUCACCAUCGUCAGUUGCGUCCUUGUCGACUUUUGUUGUUAGCAGAGAGAGCAAGAGAUUGUCAUCAGCAGGUUUAGUCUCCAGUGUGGCAUCAAAACAAAGCAUAGUUGGACAGUCAUUUGCAAGUUCACCAUCAUCUGUUGCAGUAUUUUCCACUGAUGGUAUUAGCAGGGAAAGUAGCAGAUCGUUAUCACCAGUAAUAGUGUCCAGUUUGACAUCGGAUGAGAGUAGAGUGAAGGCGUCUUCAGAGAGGUCAUUGCUGGAAGUGCCAUCCUCGGUAGUGAAAUCGUCGACUUUUGAUGUGAGCAGCUCAAUCAGUGUAUCCUUAUCCUCCAUAGUAGUAUCCAGAAAGACUUCGAGGCAAAGGACAGUUGAGGUGUUAUCAGAAAGGUCAGUGUUGGGAUCACCUUCAUCGGUAGCAUUUUCGUCUACUUUGAGUGCGAACAGAGAAAGCCAGAGAACGUCAUCUUUAAUAGUAGCUUCCAGUCUGUCCAGUCUGCCAUCAGGGCACAACACAGUCAAACUGUCUUCAGAGAGAUCAGAGUUCGUGUCACCUUCAUUGCCUGUGCCAUCAUCCACUGUGGGUAGUAGCAGAGAAAGUAGUAGCUCCCAGCUUGCAACAAUAGAGUCCAGUGUGACAUCAGAACAAAGCACACUGAGAGCAUCUUUAGAAAGCACGUUGUCAGUAUCACCAUCGUCAGUUGCAUCCUUGUCGACUUUUGUUGUUAGCAGAGAGAACAAGACUUCGUCAUCAGCAGUUCUAGUCUCCAGUGUGGGAUCAAAGCAAAGCACAGUUGCACAGUCUUUUGCAAGUACAUUGCUGCUGUCAUCAGCAUCGGUUGCAGUAUUGUUGACUGAUGGUAUUAGCAGGGAAAGCAGUAGAUCGUUAUCACCAGUAAUAGUGUCCAAAUUUGUAUCGGAGGAGAGUACAGUGAAGUCGUCUUCAGAGAGGUCAUUGCUGGAAACGCCAUCGUCGGUAGUGAAAUCGUCGACUUUUGAUAUGAGCAGAGGAAUCAGUGUAUCCCCAUCUUCCAUAGUGGUAUCCAGUAAGACAUCGGAGCAAAGGACAGGUGAGGUGUCGUCAGAAAGGUCAGGGUUGGGAUCACCUUCAUUGGUACCAUUUUCGCGUACUUUGAGUGUGAGCAGAGAAGGCCAGAGAUCGUCAUCUUUAAUAGUAGCUUCCAGUUUGUCCAAUCUACCAUCAGAGCACAGCGCAGUUAAACUGUCUUCAGAGGUAUCAGAGUUCGUGUCACCUUCAUUGCUUAUGCCAUUGUCCACUGUAGGUAGUAGCAGAGAAAGCAGGAGCUCCCUGUUAGCAACAAUAGAGUCCAGUGUGACAUCAGAACAAAGCACACUGAGAGCAUCUUUAGAAAGCUCGUUGCCAGUAUCACCAUCGUCAGUUGUGUCCUUGUCGACUUUUCUUGUUAGUAGAGAGAGGAAGAAAUCGUCAUCAGCAGUUUUAGUCUCCAGUGUCCCAUCAAAGCAAAGCACAGUUGGAAAGUCUUUUGCAAGUUCAUUCCUUUUUUCACCAUCAUCGGUUGCAGUAUUGUCGACUGAUUAUAUUAGCAAGGAAAGCAGCAGAUCGUUAUCAUCAGUAAUAGUGUCCAGUUUGGCAUCGGAUCAGAGUACAGUGAAGGCGUCUUCAGAGAUGUCAUUGCUGGAAGUGCCAUCGUCGGUAGUGAAAUUGUCGACUUUUGAUGUGAGCAGUGUAAUCAGUGUAUCCCCAUCCUCCACAGUAGUAUUCAGUAAGACUUCAGAGCAAAGGACAGUUGAGGUGUCAUCAGAAAGGUCAGGGUUGGGAUCACCUUCAUCAGUAGCAUUUUUGUCUACUUUGAGUGUGAGUAGAGAAAGCCAAAUUUUGUCAUCUUCAAUAGUAGCUUCCAGUCUGUCCAGUCUGUCCAGUCUGUCCAGUCUGCCAUCAGAGGAAAGCACAGUCAAACUAUCUUCAAAGAGAUCAGAGUUCGUGUCACCUUCAUUCCUUGUGCCAUCGUCCACUGUGGUUAGUAGCAGAGAAAGUAGCAACUCCCAGUUAGCAACAAUAGAGUCCAGUGUGACAUCAGAACAAAGCACACUGAGAGCAUCUUUAGAAAGCUCGUUGCCAGUAUCACCAUCGUCAGUUGCAUCCUUGUCGACUUUUCUUGUUAGCAGAGAGAGGAAGAGAUCGUCAUCAGCAGUUUUAGUCUCCAGUGUGGGAUCAAAGCAAAGCAGAGGUGGACAGUCUUUUGGAAGUUCAUUGCUGCUGUCACCAUCAUCGGUUGCAGUAUUGUCGAGUGAUGGUGUUAGGAGCGAAAGCACCAGAUCGUUAGCACAAGUAAUAGUGUCUAGUUUUGUAUCGGAUAAGAGUACAAUGAAGGCGUCUUCAGAGAGGUCAUUGCUGGAAACAUCAUCUUCGGUAGUGAAAUCGUCGACUUUUGAAGUGAGCAGUGCAAUCAGUGUAUCCCCAUCUUCCAUAGUGGUAUCCAGUAAGACUUCGGAGCAAAGGAGAGUUGAGGUGUCAUCAGAAAGGUCAGUGGUGGGAUCACUUUCAUCGGUAGCAUUUUCGCGUACUUUGAGUGUGAGCAGAGAAAGCCAGAGAUCGUCAUCUUUAAUAGUAGCUUCUAGUCUGUUCAAUCUGCCAUCAGAGCACAGCACAGUCAAACUGUCUUCAGAGAGAUCAGAGCUCGUGUCACCAUCAUUGCUUGUGCCAUCGUCCACUGUGGGUAGUAGCAGAGAAAAUAGCAGCUCCCAGAUAGCAACAAUAGAGUCUAGUGUGACAUCAGAACAAAACACACUGAGAGCAUCUUUAGAAAGCUCAUUGCUAGGAUCAUUAUCGUCAGUUGCGUCCUUGUCGACUUUUGCUGUUAGCAGAGAGAGCAAGAGAUCGUCAUCGGCAGUUUUAGUCUCCAUUCUGCUAUCAAAGGAAAGCACAGUUGCACAGUCUUUUGGAAGUUCAUUGCUGCUGUCACAAUCAUCGGUUGCAGUAUUGUCGAGUGAUGGUAUUAGCAGGGAAAGCAGGAGAUCGUUAUCACCAGUAAUAGUUUCCAGUUUUGUAUCGGAUGAGAGUACAGUGAAAGCAUCGUCAGAGAGGGCAUUGCUGGAAACGCCAUCUUUGGUAGUGAAAUCGUCGACUUUUUAUGUGAGCAGUGCAAUCAGUGUAUUCCCAUCUUCUUUAGUGGUAUCCAGUAAGACUUCGGAGGAAAGGACAGUUGAGGUGUCAUCAGAAAGGUCAGUGUUGGGAUCACCUUUAUCGGUAGCAUUUUCGCCUACUUUGAGUGUUAGCAGAGAAAGCCAGAGAUCGUCAUCUUUAAUAGUAGUCUCCAGUCUGUCCAAUCUGCCAUCAGAGCAGAGCAGAGUCAAACUGUCUUCAGAGAGAUCAGAGCUCGUGUCACCUUCAUUGCUAGUGCCAUUGUCCACUGUGGGUAGUAGCAGAGAAAGCAGGAGCUCCAUGUUAGCAACAAUGGAGUCCAGUGUGACAUCAGAACAAAGCACACUGAGAGCAUCUUUAGAAAGCUCGUUGCCAGUAUCACCAUCGUCAGUUGCGUCCUUGUCGACUAUUGUUGUCAGCAGAGAGAGCAAGAGAUCGUCAUCAGCAGUUUUAGUCUCCAGUGUGGCAUCAAAGCAAAGCACAGUUGGGCAGUCGUUUGCAAGUUCAAUGCUGCUGUCACCAUCAUCGGUUGCAGUAUUGUCGACUGAUGGUAUUAGCAGGGAUAGCAGCAGAUCGUUACCAGCAGUAACAGUGUCCAGUUUGGCAUCGGAUGAAAGUACAGUGAAGGUGUCUUCAGAGAGGUCAUUGCUGGAAGCGCCAUCCUCGGCAGUGAAAUCGUCGACUUUUGAUAAGAGCAGUGCAAUCAGUGUAUCCUCAUCCUCCAUAGUUGUAUCCAGUAAGACUACGGAGCAAAGGACAGUUGAGGUAUCAUCAGAAAGGUCAGUGUUGGAAUCACCCUCAUCGCUAACAUUUUCGCCUAGUUCGAUGGUGAGCAGAGAAAGGCGGAGAUCGUCAUCUUUAAUAAUAGCUUCCCAUCUGUCCAGUCUGCCAUCAGAGCACAGCACACUUAAACUGUCUUCAGAGAGAUCAGAGUUCGUGCCACCUUCA